CGUCAUCCUAUCUUUCUGUGUUUGUCGCGCCAGCAAUCGUGUAGUGUGUUUGUUCAAAUCUAGCAAGGAAGCGCAUCAACUUUUAUAUAUCCGUUUGCUGAAGUAGUAGGAAACUACACGAAGAUUAGAUUUAGAGGCCUAGGCACUACGGAUGUCGACUUGAGUAGCACACAAGUUUGAUCUAGAUUCUCACAUCUGUAGCGUAUACACACACACCCUUGCCGAAAAAUGAACGCGCUUCAACCGACGACCACGUACCAGCACUACGAUAAUUACCAGCAGCAGCUGCAGUCUAACCAGCAGGAACAACUACAGCAGCACCAGUAUAAUUAUCAGCAGCAGCUGUUUAAUCCCGAUCAGCACAAUAACCAAUUUCAACUGGAAAACCACCAACCGUCACCCCCGCCCUACUCCGGUCCCCCGAUUUCUCUCGGCGAAGUAGGCACGAUAUGGAUUGCAAAAAUGUCUGGGUCUGGAAAUUUGUGAUGCAAGGUCCUUGCGUCACUCACUCUUCCCUCCUUAGGAAGGGAAGAGUGAGCUCACUGUAAUGCGCUGCCAAGCAUGACAAGUUUUUUGGCAUGGUUCUGAGUUGCGUAUUCUGCAUGAGAAACUGCGUUUUUGCAUGACAGGGAGUAGCAGCUCUUCGCGGCCGCGCAAUACAGAGUUCAGAAUCAUGCCAGAUUAGCAUGACAAAUCUCGGACUCUCCCAGACCCAGACACUUUUGCAGUUGAUACACGAAACUCGCUGACAAAAUCGACUUCGAGCAGAUCUUCGACGAAGUGUUCCAAACGCUGCUGUUCGAAAGGCGUAUCCUGUGCAAAAGUGUCGUACUCGUAUUGCAAUCAUGCAUCACAGUAUAUUUUUCUUAAGGUAAAUCAGCAUUACAAAUUUCAUUUCUCACGCUGAGGAAAUUUGUAAUGCAUUUAUACGAGUACGAUUAUACUUUUGCAAUUCAUAAGGCGAAUCCCGGAGCAAAACGGCGAGUACCGCCGAUUGAAGAACGCGGCAGACAAGUCGUACUUGAACCUCCUUCGCACGGACUUUACGAAUCGGUUGAGCCUGAAGCUCGACGGGAUCCAGACGGAGAUGGAGAUCGCGAAUAGCUCGGCGAACGCGUCGGAGCUGUACGCAAAAAAUGUGUGCACCAGCGACAGGAUAAUUGCGAAGCGGGAACAGUUGGUGGCCUUGCGGAAAGAAUUGGAAGGCUUGGUGAUGCGGGGAGCGGGGGCUGGAGGGAGUAGUUUUGGCGGGGCUGGAGGGGAUGCCGAUAGGUACGAGUUUUCUAAUAACUACCCUGUCGAACAGCAACAGCAGCAGCAGCUGCUGUAUCAAAAUGAAUUUGCGCAGCAGCGACAACAGAAGCACGUGCAGUUUCAAUCGCCUGGGUGAGGAUGUUGAGAAGUUUGAUAAUCAGAGACUCUUAUCCCAGGUGCCGAUCGGAUAUUCUAUUUGCUGAACAGAUUCAACAGAUACCUCAGAACGCAAAUGGAAUGAAAAGAAGAGUUGUACGCGAGAAACACAAACAUCAAAAAGGUGUAAUAAACUUAAGAACCUCCUCUUCCUUCUUCUGCUCCUUGCAAAUCGAUC